UUUUGUUUUAUUUUGUAAUGGUUUCUGAUUCUGGGAAUUUGCCUUGGGUUGAAAAGUAUAGGCCUUCUUCAUUGUCUGACCUUGUUUCUCAAGAAGAAAUUGUUAAUUCAAUAUCAAAAAUGAUAGCUGAAGAUCGAUUGCCCCAUCUUCUCUUCUAUGGACCACCAGGUACGGGGAAAACGACAACGAUUUUGGCAGCAGCACGAAAAAUGUUCCCACUUAAAGGAAUGAAAUCUAGAUUACUUGAGUUAAAUGCUUCUGACGAGCGUGGUAUUGAUGUUGUUCGAAACAAAAUUGUUAGUUUUGCAAGUUCUCAAGGAUUGCAAGAUGUCUUUUCAGCAACAAAUACAACUAGUGCAAAAAGGCCAAUAAAACUUGUUAUUUUGGAUGAGGCUGAUGCAAUGACUAAAGAUGCUCAAAAUGCUUUACGUAGAAUUAUUGAAAAGUUAAAAUUAUUUUCUUUUAAUUUUUUUCAAUUAAUUUAUUUAAGAUAUACUGAUAGCACACGUUUUUGUAUAAUUUGUAAUUAUCUUUCAAAAAUUAUACCUGCGUUGCAAUCACGUUGUACUCGAUUUCGUUUUGCUCCUCUUAAACAAGAACAAGUAAUGCCAAGAAUUGAUUACAUUAUUCAAAAAGAAGAAUUAAAUGUUACUGAUGAUGGAAAGGAUGCUUUGUUUAAAUUAUCUAAAGGGGAUAUGCGUCGAAUAAUUAAUGUUUUGCAGAGUACUGCCUUGGCAACAGAUGUGAUUAAUGAGAAAGGUGUUUAUUCCUGUGUGGGGUAUCCACGCCCGAACGUUGUUGAAAAAAUAUUGCGUAUAUUGUUAGAUAGUACAAUUGAAGUAGCCAAUCAAAGUAAUUUUAAAAAUAUUUAUUGGGACUUUAAUAAAUUGGACAGAGAUUUGCUAUUUAAAUUGUUUUUUCGACUUUUAUGGUUGACUGUUUCUCUAUAUAUUCUUUUUAAUCUGCCGUUAUAA